ACUUGCCACGGCAUGCAGGAGUCGCCCCAGCCUCUCCAAGAAUGGCCGGGGGUGGGGGGUGGAAGGGACAGCGCCCCGAGAAGGCCCCCCGGAUCGUGCCGGGAACAGAGGAAGCGGGAGCCGGGGGCUGGUGGACGGACGUUUCUAUACAAGGCUUUCUGCGCUCCGCAGCCUCCACCCGGCUGCCAGGAGGGCCACAUUCCCCCGCCCUGAGCUCAGCGGGCCGGAAUGCGGCAGAUAAAUCAGAGAUAACCCCUCCGGCGGCCCGGCCGCUCCGGAUAAAAGGCCCAGGGAGCCCGCCGGCCCAGCAGCACGUCCUCGAGUGGCCGUGGUCCGACGGGACAGAGACGCACAGCGGCAGUGACCUUCGCCCGCCCCUCCAGCGCCAUGGACGGCCUGACCGCGCUGCCUCGGACGCUCCUGCUCCUUCUGUUCUUGCUCCUGUCGCCGCUGGGAGGCUGGUGCCACCCCAUGCCCGGCACUGAGCAGACCCCGGAGGAAUGGCGCUUCCAGGAGAUGAUGCGGUUCCUGAAGAAGAUGAAGACGCUGGAGAAGUAUGCCUCGGGCCCCGUGGAGGCCCAGCGCACUGGCCUGGCCGUCCACCCAGUGACCAGGCCGCAGGCCGUGCUGACCCGCCAGGUGGCCAGCAGCACCAGGCGCACAGACUGCUUCGGGCGGAAGAUGGAUCGGAUCGGAUCCGGCACCGGCCUGGGAUGCAAACAGUUGAGGUCCUAGGUCACGUUGUGGCUGCCCUCCUUGGCUCCCGGCUUCUCUCAGAAGGAUUUCUAUUUAUUUCUAUUUUUAUUUUUACCUGUGAUUGUUUUAUAUAAGAUGAUUCUGAGCUCAGAGCACAAAUAAAAU